CCCCGAACGCAUUACGCGUCAUGAAGACGGAGCUCGCGUGAGAGAGAGCAAAAAAAGGGGAGCAAGUGAGUGAACAAGUAGGAGCGACACCGUGCUGGAGAGAGGAACCGGAGAAGAGCAACAUGACACUUUGGCGCUGGAAGAUCUGAAGUGGACGUGACGUUUUGCCCUGUGAUCUGCAUUCGCUCUCCUUGGUGUUUCAGGAUUAUCUUCUGUACCAUGUGAACGCGGAUCCCUGGGAUGCACAACUGCCCCGGCUCCGGAGACACGGUGACACGGGCUCCCUUGGGACGUCUAGAUGGACAAGUCUAUACAGAAGCUUCUGAAGAGCUGAGGAACAGUGGAGCGCCCUGCCAUGGACAUGUUGGACAUAAUGAAUGCCUACAGGAACAAACUCUCAGAGGAUGUGUGGGAACAGCAGGUCAUCCUGAAGGGGAAGAGCCAGAUGACAAACACUCUUGAGUCAUCCAGUGACGGCAGCCUAGUGGAGGAAGAUGUUGAUAAGGCCAAGCACCUCCAGGAGCGACUCCAGGUUCUGGAGGCACAGAACUCAGCCUUGGUGAUGGAGAACGAGGCCCAGAGAGAGCAGUACGAGCGCUGCCUGGACGAGGUUGCCAGUCAUAUUGUUCAAGCACUCCUCACACAAAAGGACCUGAGGGAGGAGUGUCUGAUUCUGCGAACACGAGUGCUUGACCUGGAGCAGCAGAACUGGAUCUUAAGUACCCUGUUCCAGCAAGGGGUUCGACCCGCCUCCGAUCUGCUCCUUGAGAAGCUUCAGUCAAAGAUUAUGGACCUGUCUUGUGGGGAUGUGUUUCUCAGUGCGGAGAGGAGUAAGAAUUUCCAGCUGUCACGGAGCUUAAAUUCAUCGCAACAUGAGUCCCAAGUGCGGCAGGUUGCAGGAUUUCCUAUGGAGAAGUACCCAAGUCAGAUGAGCCUGGCAGUGCCAGCUGGAGUGUAUUCAUACAGCAGCUGCAGCAGCAGUGAGCUCUCCCUGUCCAGUGCCUGCAGCGAGUGCUCCAGUGGUUCAUUCACCUGGAAAGAAGGACACUCCUGCAACAAGCUGUCCUCCUUCACAUGGAAGAAAAGAGUUAGUUUUGGGACAUCUGCCCCUAGUGACACACAUCGACUAAGUGAGGAACAACUAUGGUCCCAAAAGAAGGAAUACCACAUCUUGGCAGGUCUAAAGAUGCUACAGAGGUACAGUCAAAAAAAACCAUCCUGCCUUCAUUCCAAAUCAGGCUACAAAGACUACAUGAAGUCCAAUGAAGGGAUCUAUUCUUUGGGAACCAACAUAAGGAAAAAGAGAACAACCAAACCCUUUCAAAUAGGAAAACUGUCAAGGCUAACUGGAUCUAAAGAUCAGGUUCUGUAUGACUCGGAUGAUGCAGAUGAGUCAUCCUGGGACCUGAGCAAUCAACACAAUAUUUGUGCCAAGGACUGCUGCAAUCACGAUGUAUCCAACACCUUCUGCAGAUGGAAAUGUGAUCAGAAUGACAUCAAAAAUGUUGACCAACUGCGAUCCAAUCCAACUAAUCUGCUCUCAACUUACAACACCAAAGACUUCACUAAGAAGCUCCUGAGAUUCAGCAAUGUUUUCGAGUCCAGAAAGAAAGACUGUGACAACCUUAGUUCCACAGUUCUGCAUUUGAAGGCAGACUCUAUAAGGUUCCAAGCAAAACCUCAAAUGUCAGAGACAGAUGAGUUGGAAGCUGAACCCCAACUGGACAGCAGUAAUGGCCAGCAUACAGAACAGCUUGAAUGGGAUCUCAAAAAACUCUCAAAGGUAGAUGAGCCACUUACCUCCCAGAGUGGAUGGAAAAACCAUAGCCGAUUUCAUUCCACCGAAAGCAAGGAGAGGCCUUUUAGCCUCUUCAACCCCUUUAGAAUGAAUGCGUGUUUGAAAGAAAACACAAUGUCGAUAAUUGAUGCAGGGAACGAAAAACCCAUAGAACUCAAUUCACAGCAUAUAUUUCAAAUCAGUGAGGUGCAGAGCAUAUACAAUGACGAACCCAACGAGCUGCCACCUCUAGGAAGCCUUAACUGUGAGAAAGGAGGAAAUUUAAGAAACCAUUCUAUCUUACAGAUAAAAGGAAGGCCACUUGAGCUUCAGACCCAAAACAUCUCUUGCAGAACUGCCACUGGCCAAAAUCAAUGUAUGGGUGACAGUUUGAAGCAACUUGAGAUACAUGUUCCAGAAAAGCAGAAACCAGUAAGGGUCCAUAAUACUCCUGAUCACAAAAUCCAGGCUGUACCUCCCACGCAUAACUGUUCAAAAGCAAACAUUGCUAAGACACAUUUCCAGAGAGAGGAAUCUAUCUACAAGAUUUCAAAUGUCACCGCCACUGAGGUAAGCAGCAGUGGUGGUGAAAACAUUGGUUUCACUACCCAGAAGUCCCCCACAUCUCCUCCCAGUAAGAUGUCAGGAUUUGUCAGUCUAGCUAGCACUAUCUGUUCUCAGAGCCCCAAAGUAUCCCAGCCAAACAACAAUCUGCCAAACAAGAAUGAUGGUGGCACUUGCUCCUCCUCAUCACUAUGUGACGUACAACAUCUAGCCUCUCCUAUCGGAAAAAAUUCUGAGUCCUUUGCUGUGAGCUGUAGCACAAAAGCAGUACCUCUGAACUUGGUAUACAACCCUAAUAAUGAGCUUCAAAAGUCUUCUUCAAGUCAGAUUCCAACAAAUGGUAAACCAAAAGAUGCUACUAAAAAACCCUACGACGCCCCAUCAGGUUUAGGGUGCCAUUGUGACACAAAUGAGUUAUCUUUCAGAGGUAUGAAAAAUAAAUCUGCUCCACAUGUCAGCGAUAAUGUUUCUCCACAGGAGCACAGUAAAAAAAAAGUGCAGACAUUUGAAAAUGGAGCUGCACUGGUGGACAAGACUUCGAGCGGCUAUCCAACGUCUAUGCAAGAUCACUUUCAAUACCUUGCUUUGUCUCAAGAACUGAUGACAAAGAUUCCUCAGCCAACAUCCAGCUGCACGGACUUAAAUGUAGACUGCCAGAACUCAGCAGAGAAUGUGUCAAAGACCCAAAUUCCUCUUAGCUUGAAAGGACUUGUUAAGUUACCCCUUUCACUAGUGAAAAACCCCACAACACCAUUAAAGUAUGAAAAAGAUCACAUCAACACUGCCUCUAAAGGGAAAAAUGCUUUAAACGGAUGGGAUACAAAGCAAAGGACUCAAGAGAAAUCAAAACUUGGUAGAAGAGGUGGCACUCGUUGUAACUCAAUGUAUGGAGAACAACUCUUCCAAGUAUUGCCAGAAAACAACUCAACUGAAGAUGAGAUAGUUGAUCAUAAAAGUUUGAAAUCCAGCUUGGCUUCAGGCAAACUGGAUUUAAAACCUGCUUUGGGAAGGAAAGGCGCCAAACCACACAGUCAAAGUUUCAGCAAUCACAACCCAGAAAAACCCAGUAUGAGCACUUCAGGUGGGGUUGGAAAGGUUCGAAAGCGCAUCAUUAUGAACAUGGGUGAGAACGGAAACAGACAGCACUUAUUUGUAAAUAGUUCCCAGCUCGCGAGCCUUAGUUGUCCAGAAGAGAUUCCAGCUGACUGUCGACGCAGUCUGGCAGAUGCUCACAAACUGACCAGCUCCAGUAGCCAGAGUGCUCUCCCUGUCUCAGAAAACAGAGCAAGCAACAUAACUAAGAAUGAAGCUCAUUGUCCACUGACUGAAAAUGAAGUCCACAGCUUCACUUUUGCUAACAAAUUUGGUCUCAAGAACAGUGGGCGACCAAUGAAAGUACUGCCCCAUUCUUCUUCUGACACGUCACCAUUUCCUGCCUGCCAAGCGAAUGAAGCUAUGAAGAAUCCUUUGCAGAGCCCCAUCCAAAUGGAUUUGGUGAAGAAUAAAACAAAACAAGUCAACAGCAAAGUAAGUCCUGAGAAGCCAGGGACAUCCUUAAGCGUGUCAGCCUCCACUGUUGAGGAAAAGGUCAUGAUGGGUAUUGAGGAGAACAUGCAGAAAUGUCAAGGACAGGACAAAACACAAGCCCCUGAGACCAAACAGAAAGCUGCUCUGUCUCUGGCUAACUGGUUUGGCUUCCGUAAAAGCAAGCUGCCAGCUCCAAGUGGAAAGAAAACAGAUCCUCCAAAGGGAAAACAGCAGAACACAGAAGCCAAGACUACCUCAGCUGUAGGAUUGAGACAGGUGAAGUCUGACAGGAAGAAAGAUAAAAAGAAAAAUGGCACAAAGCAUAAAGAUAGUCAAGAAGUAAACAUUUCAAAGGCCAGCAACAAGGUAGAUCCAGUGAUGGGUGCCUGCAAUAUUCAUAUGGGAAAUGCAUCAGAUCAGAUACAGCAACAGGCAUCUCGCACUGGAAAAGAUGCUUUCAUGAAAGAAAAUUUUAACAGACUUCCUGAAGUGACUCAGCAGACAAAAAAUGGAUCAAAGCUUCUUUCAUACAAAAGCUCCAGAUGCCAGAUGAGGACCUUGGACAGCGGCAUCGGCACCUUUCCCAAAUUGGAGUUCAAUUCAGGGGGGGAAAUUGCUGGUUCACCUGAGACUCCAGUGACUCCAACUUUGACCUCCCACCCUAGAUACAAAAUACCUUCCCAGGAUCACUGGACUCCAUGACAGGCUGAGGAGCUUGCCGAUCUGGAAGAGUCUCACAGAAGAGCCGCAACUCCUCCAGACUGAGAGAAGUCAGUUGAGGUGAUUCAAGAGAAUUACACGAAUGUCCUCAGUUCAGCUCAAGGUGGAGUAAAACCGGACACAUCCCACUAGGAGGAGACCCUGGGCAGACCCAGGACAAGCUGGAGAUAUUUUUUUUCAUGGCCUGGUGAUUCUCCAGGAGGACCUCGACACUGUUGUUGAGGGAAGGAAGAUAUUGGCCUGCCUGUGUAGCCUUCUGCCAAUGCAACCUUUUAAAGAACAACCAGAAAACUGACUGACUGAAACAUGCAGUUUUAAAGAUCCAUCCGUCCACCAAUGUCUAUUUGUUCAGUGAGUGGUCACAGUGGACCAGAGCCUAUUCCAAGAGCAUCCCUUUUGCCCAUUUGGUUGGUAAACCCUGGAUGAGAGGGCUUCCAGUCCUUCACAUGGCAGUCCCACAUGUGCUCAUUCAUUCACAAAUAAUCACAGAUGAUUUAAAGCUACCAGUUUACCUGAAAACACGUUUGGUUUAUGAGACUUGAACAUGGGAGGAAUAUGCCAGGGCAAGAUCUGGAUUCAAACCUACGUCUGAAAUAACAGUCCAAGCAUUAUGAGCCAUCAGGGUUACUGUGUGCCAUUGUGAUGCCCAAGGCUUAAAGAUACCAUCGUGCCGGUGUAUACAGUCCUGUUAGGCCCAGUCCAGGAGUUUUUGUUUCAUUCAUUUCUUCAUUGAAUACCUUGAUUUCUUUUUGCUCUAAUGUUCAUUAGUAACUACUGGAAAUCUGCUGGACAAGGCCUUUCAAGAUCCCAGCUGAUAAGCAUUCAUACAGCCUAUAAUUCAGCGUCUUUGGAUAUGUAUGUGUGUAUAAACUGUGUGUACAUGUAAUAGCCACGAUGACACCUCAGAAACUCAGUCACAGUGAAAAUAUCCAGAACAUCGUUAAAUUUCCAGAAGACUAUGACAAACCACACUUGGUGCAGAAUGAAAACCCGGUCAAUAUAAGAAAUUAGAUGUCAGGAGCAGCAGCUACAGUAAGAAUCAAAGGUCUGGUUCUGAGGCAGCGGGCAGAAAUCAGAGCAACUGUUUUUAUUCACAGCACAGGCUACGAAAGGCUGGCGGGAGGCUGGUGCACUGGUGGAUCCUUGAUCAGUGCUAAAUGAUGUACUGGGGAAAACUGAAUGUCUGGCUUUUUCCUCACAUAUUUCCCAAGUUCCCAUCCUGGUUGCUUUGUUCUCAUCCUCAUCCUCUGUCUCAUCUACUGCCAUCGCUCACGCUCUCCUGCUGCUUUCUUGCUUCGGUCGUGUCGGUGUGACACCACAGUGUUCAAGUCCCGGUCUUGUCCCUCUCUUUCACUUUAUGUCCUUGUCAAUAAGCACUUGCUACAUCCCUUUGUUCCGUGUUUAUUGCAUCACACUUUGUUUCCUCGGUUGCACUCUUCACUUGUCUAUCACUCUGCUGUUGAGAUCACCAUCCCUCUCACCCGAGUUCGGACGUUACAGUAAAAGGCGUCUGAGGUCUCUGUCUCAUCCCGAUGCAGCGUUACAUUACAAACACAUUUUAGACUUAUUCAAGCUUUAUUCAAUAGCUUAGCCCUGGCAAUUAUGUUAUUAGAUACAUAAAAGAUCAACUAUGUGGAGGAAAAAAAUCAAACAGAAUCAGAGUCAAUUAAACUUCAACAUAUGCAUUUUUAAAUGAUCUGAGUUACCUCUGCUGAGAUGAUGAAUUGAAUGGCUGCCCCACAUGCACGCACACACACACACACACACACACACACACACACACACACAUAAAAUGUUCUUUUUCGUGUGAUAUUUAUUGAAACAGAUGGUGCCAAAAAUUAAGUUGUUUCCACUUGCUCCCUCUAACCACAUAGCUUAAAUUCCUGAAU